AAUCAUGUCAGCCAAUGAGCAACGCCAUGGGCGCCUUACUGGCCAAUCAGAUGUUUAAUGCCAGCUGGUCCUGUUUCAGGGUGGUGUUGGGUGGCCCAUUUCUUCGGAGGGGAAUACAGUGUUAUUAUUCAAGAUGCAGUUCAUGCUUCUAUUCAGUCGACAAGGCAAGCUCAGGCUUCAAAAAUGGUACGUGCCUUUGUCUGAUAAGGAGAAAAAGAAGAUCACCAGAGAGUUGGUGCAGACGGUCCUGGCUCGAAAGCCCAAAAUGUGCAGCUUUCUAGAGUGGAGAGACCUCAAGAUUGUGUAUAAGAGAUAUGCGAGCUUGUACUUCUGCUGUGCCAUAGAGGACCAGGACAAUGAGCUCAUCACACUGGAGAUCAUCCAUAGAUAUGUGGAGCUGCUGGAUAAAUACUUUGGCAGUGUUUGUGAGCUGGACAUCAUUUUCAACUUUGAAAAGGCCUACUUCAUUCUGGAUGAAUUCUUGCUGGGUGGGGAGGCUCAGGAGACUUCCAAAAAGAAUGUAUUAAAGGCCAUUGAGCAGGCUGACCUGCUGCAGGAGAGCCAGAGUGAAGACUGGGGAAGUUUGCCAAAUGAGGAGAUCUUGUAAUGGGCCUAGAGUCCAUCCAUGCCCCCAUCCAGGCAAUUGGAAGCAGAGACCCCGCGCAGCGUGCUGGAAGAAAUUGGACUGACAUAAACAAGGCCCUCAUCAUCAUCCACUUGCCACACACUCCUCCAUCUGCCAGCUAUUCUGCUGUAUGUAGUCGAUACCAACUCCAAUUCACCUUUGAGCACACGUACAAACACACACACACACACGCACAGUGGGCAUUGUUUUCCUGUGCAUCUGUUUCACAACUCGGCCUUUGUUUGUUUUUUUUCUGAGAAAAAAUGUUGCACUGUUUGUGUAUAUCCUACUGAGUUAUUUAUUUGUUCAGUGUGAUGACAUUAACUGUUACCAAGGAAAAAUACAGCAUAAUUAAGCUUUCUGCAGCUUUCCAGUCCACACCAAGAUACUGUGCUGAGUGAACUGCUUGAUUUCAAUUUGACCAAAGCUGAUGGGAUCACUUUAUUCUGUGAAGUACUGUAGAUUCAUCAUUUCAGAACCAGUUUUGAAUUUAAAUGUGUAAGUGAGACCUAUAGAAGAAUAUAUAGUAUUUUGUAUAGUCAAAAGUAUUACAUUAACAAAACCAAAGAAUUACAUUUCAUCUCGCCUAACAAUGCAUUGUGAUUAUCAUGAACUUGACGAUAGUUUCAAGCACAACACCUUUGGCAUUUGAGAUUUCCCCACUGGAACUUACACUGUAACGUACCACUGCAGUCUGAAGUAAAUGACUGUAGAUGAACUGGCUUGAAAAUAGAAAAAUGUUGUAUGUCAUAUUAUGAGUAUUCUCUCAGUUUACAGACCAUUAUCACUCAUAUAGUCUGACUGUUUGGUCCAUUGGUUUCGAAUGGCAGAAUCCCACUUAAUGUUGAAUGCCUUAAUCUCUGAUGGAUGUCCAUUCAUCUAAUAUGAAAGAAUCUGUUACAGUCCCAUUAUUGCAUUUGCAUGCCACUGCAAUGUAGAAGGUAAAUUCAUUGAGUUUAUUUUAUUAAUGUGUAAUGUGCAACAACUAAAUUGACUGUUCUUUUUCUUCAUGUUUACUGUUGUGUUAUCUUUUUUUUUUUUUUUUCGGAAGGAAAAAAAUGUUAUUGUGCAUUUCCAGUAACUUAAAAUAUCUAAUUAGUAUUGUCAUGGCUCAAUUUAAGGCAACAGAUUCCUUGAUUUAAACCUGAAUUAGUCCAUUUUAGGCCACUACGUGGCAGAACUCCAAAGCAGGUGACAGCGACAUAGCCCUGAAGUAUUAUUGCCUUUUUAAGUUGUCCAGCAAACAUGGAGCAACAUGAUUGUCCCUUGGAGGUGCUUCCUGGCCACCUGCUGAAGUCCCAUAUUCCUUUAGCUCUGUUUUGUUUCCGACAAUUCCUGAGGGUAAUAUUUGAACAUUUCGCAGCUAGAUGUCUGACACCAUGUCUACAAAGAAGCCGUAGAGUGAGCAGCAGCAGUUCCUGUGCUCAGUCUGUAACUACACAAGAUGCAUUCAGGGUACAGUAUUGAGUUGUAGGUCACCCACAUUCUGGCAGGGCUCAGAGCCCAAUACACAGUCACUGUAGUUAUGCAUGUAAAAUGCAGGAAAAUAUACCUGGAACAUAAAAAUACAUUUUGGGUUGCCUUUAUGGGAACAUAGUUUUGAGUAAAAUCUGAGCUGUUAUGCAACCUGUGUAGCGAGCUGUAUUUAUUAAAAUAAAAGGGUAUCUGUUCUGUCAGACACGCGAGAGACGGGUGUCUGAAACACUUUCUGUGGCUUUCUUCACUGGCUAGUCAACUAGUUAGCUAACCUUGCUGUUUGGUCAUGAGCUCGUUGGUUUAGCAGCAAACAGCUGCCUGAUGCUGCUGUAAGGGAAGUGGAUGAGAACAGUGAGACUUAAGUAUACAAUAAACGUAAGGCUGUCUAACCAAAACAAAGAGCUAAAUGAGGUUAAAAAGAUCCAUAAAGCUAUUUGGAGCAUCUCUGUGGGUUUGUCAGUGUAUGUACCCCUUUCAUAUUUCACAUAUGCAUCCAGUUUCAAAUGGGGGCAUACAGAAUUCUAUAAAUCAGUUUUUCCUCUUUGAUAUGGACUGAUCUGAAAGCUCCUACACGCCUAAUAUCCACCUUCUCAAGUGUUUUCACUUUGCCUGAUUAGUGCUCUUUCCAGGGCUAUGUAGGCCUGUACAGACUGUGUUAAUUGACAUCACCCUCAGUCCCAUGUUAGCUUUGUUUCACCUGUUAAUGUGCAACCAAUUUAGACCUUUGAUUCUCAUCAGCACGUGAGAGACUGUGGUGAGUUUAUGUAAUUCUCGGCAUAGCUCCACCUAACUCCAACCUGAGCAGAGGUAUAACUAGAAAGAAUAACUGAAAACACCUAUGAGGAUGUGAAAGGCAUUCAAAAAAUACAAUUUCACUGUCUACUCAAAAUUGGUAGUGAUUUAACAUAAAAACAAAGAAACUCUGGCCACUGAUAGUCACGUGUCAUAUUGUACAGCAUGUAAACUACCUAUUUACUACUGUGACUCUGAAAGAGAAGAGCGACCAUACAUUUAAUAGCAAUAGCAUCAUGAACCGUAGCAGAGUAUUAAGAUUUUUUUAUGUACCAAAACAGUAGUUUGCGUACUCAAACACAUACACAGACACAUGUUAGAUGCCUUGGACACAGGACUGUGCAAAUAUCAUAA